AUGGGAAUUUGUGAUAUGUGCCUCGCAAUACCCUUAGAGCCCCUUCUCAAUAAAGAUAUUAGAGAAUUUUCACAUGUCCAUCAUCUUUCAGUGAAGAAUCUCGAGACAUCCGCAACAAACGGCUGUAACAUCUGUGCUCUUUUUCAUAGUGCCAUUGCCUCCGUUCCUCACCGGAACGAAGGCCACAAAACUUAUUUAAAAGUCAAUCAACAGCUGGUGGUGUCAAGCCCUCAUCGAAUUUUUAUUUCCUACCAAGUGGGACGGGAUGGACAAUCUUGUCUGUUCGACGUGGAAACUACGGGUAUGAGGAUCUUUUCUUGACAUCAGCCAAUCUUCCCUGCAUGUUCCCAUCUCACACAUUCCAGAAGAUUUAUACUCCAGCGUUUUAUACCCUAGAAAUCAGAACAUUACCUCUCUCGUUUCAUCAUGGAUUAGUACCUGUAGUCAUGAACAUGUGUACUGUAAUAUAAAUUACGAUACCAGAUUUCGACCUCGUCGGCUCAUAGACGUUGGAAAGUACGGCAUAUCACCUCAGCUAGUGGAGGCAGAGCAGGGUAAUGAUGCAUUUUUAAGAUAUCUUGCGCUUACACAUUGCUGGGGAAACAAAAUGCCAGAGGCUGCAACAACGAAGAACAAAACACUCCGGCGACGCUUGGUCUCCAUCCCGUUCAAGACAUUGCCUAGAACAUUUCGCGAUGCAAUCACCUUUACUAGGCGACUUGGACUACAAUAUCUAUGGAUAGACUCCUUAUGUAUUAUUCAAGAUUCUUCGCAAGAUUGGCAACAAGAAUCGGCUAAGAUGGGGAAGAUUUACUCCCAUGCUUACUGCACGAUCUCAGCAGCCGCAGCAAGCAACUGUGAAGAAGGGCUUUUUGCAUUACAUAGCGAGUUACCGUUGCUUCCUGCGACCUCUAGCACACCUGAAGUUCUUUUCAAAAUCUCUUUUCCCGGAUGGGACAGUCUUUUUAAUAAAAGUACAUUAAUUCGAAGAAGUUGGACCCUACAGGAACGAGAACUUUCGCCCAGAAUGUUGCAUUUCACGAAACACACUUUGCUCUUCGAGUGCCGAGAGGCUCGUAUAUCCGAUCAUAAUCAUCAAUUGAAUAGUAACCAAUGGGUUUUGAAAUCUAGUCUAUCACGAUAUUUCUUGAACUCGAGUGUACGGUGUCUCGACAAAAUUCACAGUGGUAGCGUUACUUCACCGCACCAUGAUUUGGUAGCUGAAAAGUAUUAUGAACUAUGGCGAAGGAUGGUACAGGAUUAUAACAGCCGUCAACUGACACAUCGAACAGACAAGUUCCCGGCACUUUCUGGUCUCGCCCUCGAAUUUGCAUAUCUCUUGGGCGAUGAAUAUGUAGCAGGACUAUGGCGAAAGGAUCUUGUGAGAGGCUUGUGUUGGAAAUGGUCAUCAAACCGCACUAAAAAGCAAAGUGCGAUUCAUUAUGGGCCUUCAUGGUCAUGGGCCAAAAUGGAUGUUUCCAUAACAUAUGGGCUCAUUCGAGAAGACAGAGUUUUUGAAUCGAGAACUAAUCGAGGGCAAUUCGUUCAUGUGCCGGUAGAUUCGCGAUUUAGCGAUCCGGAAAUCUUACAUGUUAGUAUUAUUCCCGAGGGAAGAGAUCCUCGUGGAACUCUCAUCUCAGGGAGGAUAUAUCUUCGCGGACAACUGCUUCAACUGCGACGAUCUAAAGCUGGCGAUUAUUCAAUUAACGGCGAGCCAUUACCAAUUACCUUUGACCAUUUACCCCAACCACCAGUAAAUCUUUACCUUCUGAGCUUGGGCCCGACGAAUGUGGGUUUGGUUCUUCAAGUAUCCGAAGAAAGUAGCAAAGAAUAUAUUCGAGUAGGCGUGAUUGCUCCUACUGAAUGGGAAUGGUUCAACGGCAUUGGGUUUGAGGAUUUAACACUAGUUUGAAUGCUCGAGAGAUCACAGCCAUUGAUCAAUAAUUAUUUUGGUGGGAUAAGUGGAAGUCAUGCUUCCAGACACAGGUCAGAUAAUGUCACUUUCCAGUCAGGCCUAGGCAGUGAGGAAAGUGAAAGAUAUUAUCUGCAGCAAGAUCUCCAAGUCGGCAGUAGAGGCCUCGUCAAGAGGAGGUGAAACUUUCCUCCCAUUUGAAGGACAGGAAAUUCGAACGAAGGGUUUGCAAAAAAACCAUGGUAUAAUUACAAUCUCUUCCCACGAAAAUGAUAAGUUGUAGGUGUCAUGCCCAGCAAACUUUUAUCGUCUCGACAACGAUCGUUCACCUCAGCUUCUUCAUCGGCGAAACCACACCGACUCGAGAUAUGUCUUUGGCCUCCCCAUAGACCUUAGGCAUAGACCUUAGGCAAUCACCAUGAUCCACAAAAAUCAAUUAUAGGCGUCUCGUUUUCAGCCUCAACCCACAGACCCAUCAUUACCAUUUAGACAUAACAAGCAUUGUUCUAAAAAUACAAGGCGGUUAGACCGUAUAUUUCAUGCUCACUACAAUUAGAAGAUUGCGGGAAAAUGCGCGGGGAUAUUCUUCUGGUGAAUAUGCCACUUGAUAGGUACGCUCGAGUUUCGAACGUGUGAUUAAGGAUUUCCACUUGCUAAGAGGGGGCCGGUGAGAUUGCGAAAGUGUUUUAAGCACGUUGUCUUACGUCACUAGUGUUCAGGACGUGACGUGUCGAUGUAGAAGAUAGAUGUCAAUUUCGGUUUCAUCAUGGCGGGAUGGUUCAGAUAUCUGAGCUCAUAGUUGCCAUUUGGCACAAAGUAGUUCAAAUAGUCUAUAUGGAAGUAUCUAGUACC